CCUACUACUACUACCUUAGUAAAUUCACAAAUGAACGAUGUCAGUUAUUUGUCAGUGUCAACUUGGUAAAAUAAUAUUAGUUAUUUUCAAUAGUACUUCGCAAUACAUUUGAAAAACGAUUAUUUCUUAACGAUGUCUCAAAAUGAGGCUCAUUCGUCUACAGACGAAGAAUCAUUAAAAGAAAUUUUCGACCAAGCCAUGAAGUUAUUUGAUAAAAUAGAAAAUGGUAACGAAGCUACGAACAGCGACUCUGUGCAAAUGAGUAUUAAAUCAGCAAUCAAAAAGUUUGAAAAAGCAACAAACUUAGUCUCCAUAUCAGGGAUGUUCAGUAAAAAUGAAAGUCUAGAGGAGUUGCCCACGGAGACUUUGCAGUAUCUCCUUUUACCAGCUUUACUCGGCACCCUCAGCUUAAAGUUAUGCAGUCAGUCUCGGAAAGAUGUUAUUAAUAUUGCAGAUAUAUAUUUUAGAGAUUUUCUACAAAGGUGCAAAGAUUAUGGUGUAACAGAUAUUGAAGUGCCACAGUCUAUAAACAAUGAAAUUUCAAAUAGAUCUCAGACUGAACAAGCUAAGAUUGCGAGCAUGGUUAUGACAAGAGAAUCAAAAAUAAAAAGGUACAAAGAGGUAAAGGAAUUAAAAGAGAAACUAGUGACAUUAUCCAAAGCCAUGUCUUCACCCAAUGCGGAUGAUGACACAAAGAGGCAGUACUUCACUACAUUACUAUUGAAUUAUAUCAACCAGGCCCUUGAUGAAAUAAGUAGUAUUGAACAAGAGAGACCCAUCUUAGAAUACAUGGCAAAACAUGCUGGAGAAGCGAAACCAUCACAUCGAGAACGGGCGCCUCCCUUGAAGCCGGUGAUCAUAACUCGCGACGCGGUUCAGAAGGCGGUUUUCGGUGCUGGCUACCCUUCCUUACCCACUUUGACCAUUGAAGAGUUCUAUGAUAAGAGAGUACGGGAUGGAGUGUUUCCAAGUUCCGGUACCAACAUACCGCACGCAACUAUCCAGACUGCUGACGCCAAUGCUGACGACGCGGAAGAGAUAAAAAAAGAAAAUUUGGUUGACGACGAUGACGAAGACGAAUUGGAGAGGAAACGUGCCAUGGAUGAAUAUAAAGACGACCACCGCAGGGGAUGGGGUAACAGAUACAACAGGAGUUAAAGCAAGUUAUUACAGACUAUAAAUUAGUACAACAGAGUAUGACGAGUCUCAGAUUUGACCAUUUAUAAUCUAUGUCAUAAAAAGCUGAAUUCUAAUAAAAUGUUGUUGUUCU